CUUAAGCUAGUAUGAGGCGUGAAAGUGAUAAAGAUGGAGGAGCUGAUGGUGUUUAAUUAUUAACUCAAAUUAUGGAGUAAUUCGGAGGAUCCAAAACUGGACAAAAGACUUCAGUCGAAGUGCCGAAAGGAUAGCAUGCCGAAUUUUUUGAGACCAAACUGCAUGGGAUUUCUGGAAAGUCAGUUGCUUUGACAUGGAAUGACCCAAAUGUUUGUAGUAAAUAGUGGUGAAAUCCUGUGCUGCAAAGGCUACACCCACAGGCCAUCUUCCUAAACACCCACACCACUGGGGUUCAGGGAGAGAGUAAAAGAAACUGAACAAAGUACUUGAUGUUGAGAAAACAUAAGCUAAAGUGCUGUUAUCCGUUUAGGAGCCCAGUAGGACAAGGUAAAAACACACAAACAACAAAUGCAGGAAAAUGAUAGCUAUGGAACAGGGGAUAGUGGAGGAGUGGUUAUCAGAGUUCAAGGCUCUUCCCGAGACUUCCAUCGCCUCAUAUGCUGCAAGCUUGAAGGACAAAUCCUCUUUGGUCCCAGCGUUGUAUAAGGUGAUAAGAGAAACCCAGAAUGAGCUACUGGAGCCUGUUUGUCACCAGCUAUUUGAAUUUUACCGCAGUGGAGAUGUCCGUCUUCAGCGCUUCACUCUUCAGUUUCUUCCGGAGUUCAUCUGGUGUUACCUUUCUGUUGCUGUAAACAGGGAUCUGCACAGCAGUGGCUGCAUAGAAGCCCUUCUGUUGGGUAUUUACAACUUGGAGAUAGUUGAUAAAGAUGGACAAAGCAAAGUUUUAUCCUUCUGUAUACCAUCUCUUUCAAAACCUUCCAUGUACCAUGAGCCCUCAACGUUUGGUUCCUUGGCUCUCACGGAAGGUGCUUUAGCUAAGCAUGGCCUGAAUAGAGUUGUAUAUAGUGGACCACAUCCACAAAGAGAAACUUUUACUGCUCAGAACCGGUUUGAGGUUUUGACUGUCCUUCUUCUGUGCUACAAUGCCUCCUUAAGUUACUUGUCAAGUAUGUCCCUGCAGUCUCUCUGCCGUGUAAGCUCUAGAAUAAGCAUCUGUGGGUUUCCCAGGCAAAACUUGAGACGAUUCAGAGGCCUGACAAACAGGAUGCCCGUAUCUUCAGAAUUUCUUGUCCAAUUAAUAACAGGAAUAUAUUAUGCUUUGUAUAAUGGUGAAUCAGAGCUGGCUUGUAAAGCACUUGAUGACGUUCUGUACAGAGCUCAGCUUGAACUGUAUCCUGAGCCAUUGUUGGUGGGAAAUGCAAUCAAGUCCUCUUUGCCAGAAGGAGCCCUAAAGUCAAACAAAGAGGGAGCUCGCUGUAUUCAGGUGGAGAUCACUCCAACUUCAUCAAGGAUAUCAAGGAAUGCAGUGACCAGCAUGUCCAUCCGUGGUCAUCGUUGGAAGAGACAUGACGCCUUGGAUUUAACUUCACCUGAGGAACUAAUGGAAAUUUCUGAAGUCGAUGAAGGAUUUUGUUCAAGAGCACCUUCUGUUGCCAGCCCUCCAGUGAUUGUUAUCAGCAACAGCAGCAGUAAUGUAAAGACUCCUGGAAAGAGCCAGCGUAGGUUGGGUGGAGGUAAAGCCAUUAAGGAAAGAGAGUCGAGCACAGAGAGUUGCAAAGACCACUUGUCUCGAAAACAGGCUCCGAGAGCAAUGAGUGAGAACCUGGAGUUGCUUUCAAUCAAAAGGCUCACUCUGACCACUAGUCAAUCCCUACCCAAAGCAGGCAGCCUUAGCCUUGCUCGGACUGCCACAGCGGUUUUUAGCAAAUCCUUUGAGCAGGUCAGUAAUGUCUUUGGGGUGAAUAAUCAGAGCAGCUCCGCAAACUCGAUUGUCACAGAUGUGAACCGCUACUCGGCCUGCAGCCUUCAGGAAGAGAAACUGGCUUAUGGUGCCGACAGAGUUGAACAUCUGAGUCCGAACCACCAGCAGAAGCAGCGAUCCCCAAGCAUUAGCAUUCAGCUCUCCUCUGACUGACUCUGCCAUGCGAAGACGUUACUGAAAAGUGCUCUGAUCCAUUGAGCGUUACGGUGGCUUGUGAAUGGAAAUCAUUGGCUGACCCAAAGAAACUGAAACAGGCAGCAAAUAUUUGAGAAAGAGAUCAUCAUAAGUACCACUGAAUCAGCAAUAAUUCAUGAAAUCCCUUAACUAUAAAUUUAAAAUCAUUUAGUAUUGCCUCAAAAGCACUUAAAUGAAUAAUACCUAAUUAUGUAUAUUUUUAUAACCACAUGGAUAAAGCCGCUGGACUAAAAGAUUACUGGCACAUUCAUACAUAAUUAUUUGUACUGCUUGUUACGUUUGGGAUGUUUUUAGGUCUCAAUGUGUAAAAUAAUAUGUAAGAUUUUUAGAGGCACAAAGUUGAGGUUAACUGAUGAAGCCAUUAUUGGUCUGAAAACACACUUCAAACCCACAAAGAAUUCAAACUCCUUAAAUGAUGUGUUUACGUUGUAGCAUUCAGAUAUCGCAACACUAUGAUUUGGUUCAGUUUUGUAAGUAUAGUUUGUAUUCCAGUAUUAAGAGGGUUUCACUGUAAGUGUAAUUUUUUUAAUGAUAUUUGUGUAAGCAUGCUUCUGUUUUUCACUUGCACUUAAGAUAUAUGAAAAGGCGGCACAUUUUUGUCCAUUUUCUUUGUCGUUUUGACUAAAAGAAAUGCACAUGGGCAGCAAACACCAUAAGGGCACUUCAUUUUUCUUUCAAGUAAACUAAAUACUGCACUGGAGUAACUUGGGGCCUGUGGAAAAGCCAAAACAACACGCUGACACGUUGCUGUACACUUUGGUGUAUUUGUAUCAUUUUGGGUGUUUAAAAUUUAAUGCUAAAAAGUGGUUAUUAAUUUUCACUUCACACACUGUUUAUGAACUCUCUGUGGUGCAGUUUUCAUUAAGGUGCAGCAGUUUGAUCCCUACUCUGUUUUUAGCAUCCAAACGUAUCGUAGAUUUUUAAAUUCAUUUAGUAUUUUAAGUGAAUUAAGAAAAGGAAUUUACUGUUUCUUAAAGAGCAGAACGUGGUCCUCUGGUUUACUACAUAACACUGCAAGGGUCUCGGUUUGUUUCAUGUUUGUGUGCAAUGUACAUUUUAUUGUAAUAUGUUUUUGCCUUUCUCCCAAAAAUCUUGUUGCAUUAAUAAAAGCAACUAACCUUUUCA